CGAAUUUCAGUUAUUAGUUAUUACUCCAUAAUAGCUUUGCUGAUGUAUUCGGGUGAAUUCGCAGAGCCUCGUCUAUUACAUUCCAAAGGAUUCAUACAAUUAUGCGUCGAUAAAAGUGCUACCGACAGUACUGGGUCGUUCCUGUCAGUUGGCACAGAUGGUGACGUAUGGAUUUGGACGGGUGAUGAGUUGGAUGAAGCUGAAUACUAUCCUAAAAAUAUCAAAGGAAGAACGCAUUCUGCAAUAGCUUGGCAUAGAAAUGAUGUCUACAUCGGGCAUACAAAUACAGAUGAUCAAACAGGUAUCCAAAAAUCAACAGUUUCUCGUUUUGAGAAAGAUUCCUUACGGAUGAUUGCACCAAUAACCACUUUUUCACUGGAUUUAUCUAGCAUUGAUAUAUCAAAAUCAGGGAAAUUUUUGGCUGCUGGUUCUAUCGAUCACGUUUUGAAAGUCAUAAAUCUCGAAACAGGCGAGGUAUUUCGUGCUGAGGCAGAUGGACAGAUCAUGUGUGUUUCAUUCAACUCGGAAGAUGAAUAUUUGGCUGUUACAGCAACUGAUGGAAUGUUACGUGUUUUCAACAUAACAUUACUGAAGGGUGAGGUUCCCGAACCAGUCACUGUUCGAAUUUGCUCGCGUAUCAUUGACAUCGAGCCAUCCAGCUCGAGGUUGCAGCUGUGUUGGGAUCUGUCCGGUGAUAGUCUGUUUGUUCCAGCGCUUGGAUGUGUUAAAAAAUUCAGCAAACAUUCGUUUAAAGAAACAGCCAAAUUCUUUACUGCAUCGAAUUCAUAUGAAAUGUUCAGCAUAUGCUGUGUGUCGUCCUGUGGCACAUACUUGGCCUCAUCAACCGUGAAUGGCUCAAUUUGUGUUUGGCAAAUUGGAACCAGUGAUCUUUUAACAUGUAGUAAGUAUGAGAUAAAUGGACAACCAAAAGUGAUUUGUACUAUGUUUUGGCAUCAUUUGUUGCAGGAUACGUUGUUUUUCGCAGAUACUGAGGAGCACAUAUGUUCUUUGAGUAAUUGCACGAGAAAGGUUACUUCGAAUGACUAUACCACUACUGAUUUGGAAUUGCAAUGCGGAAGAAACAAAGCUAUUGCAAAAUUUGACGAUGACGAAAAUUCGCAGUUAUCCGCGGAUCUGAGUUCAAUUAAAAAGUACUACGGAUUUGAUGAAGGACAUUGCCGUGGUGCUGCUGAUGAAAGCGAGAAGAAUUCUCAUAUUAUCACAACCGCAGAAUCUUUUACUUCAUAUAAACCACCGAUUAUGCCGAAAGCUUUCGUGACUGGCUCUACUCCUGAGCAUCGAAAACAAAGAUAUUUGAAAUGGAACCGUUAUGGUACAAUAAUCAGUUCAUACAACGGAGAUGACGGAAGAAUCGAGAUAAAUUGGCACGAUGCUUCGGUACAUCCCGAGAUUAUCAUCGACAAUACAUCAAAUUUCUCCGUUGGUGAUAUGACUGAUGAAAUUGUUGCAUUGGCAUCAAAAGCCGAAGGGGAGAGUUUGAGUGAAGUGAGGGUACAGUGUAUUAAAGCCUGGGAUUAUGGUUCAAGGCAAUGGAGCAUAAUGUUACCAGAGGGUGAAUCUGUUGAAAAUAUAGUCAUAGGGAGAGCAUUUCUUGUUCUGGCCACAUCGCAACGAUAUUUUCGAACCUUUUCGCAUGCUGGGACCCAAAAAAUGGUUUUUUGUUAUUCAGGCCCUUUGCUUACUAUGUGUGCAUUCAACGAUAUUUUUACGGCUGUGGUGUUGAGUGGUGGCCCUUAUUAUGAAGACGCUGAACCACAGUUUAAUUUUGUGGCAAGUAUUUACAAAAUGAAAACUGAAGGCUGGCAUAAAUAUCAGUCUUUGGUACAAACUGUUCCUAUCAGUGUGAGUCGCAAUGCCAAGUUGGAUUGGAUUGGUUACACAAAUCGUGGAACACUAUGUACAAUGGAUAGCAAGUAUUGCUGUCGGAUUCUUUCCUCCAAUGGGCUUUGGAUUCCUGUUUAUGAUUUUGCUAGUAGUCUCAAAACUAAUUCAGACCAUAUAUUUUUGAUUAGCUUUAUGGAUUAUCCACAUUGUGAAGUUCGUUAUGUAUACUGUCGAGGAAUGGAAUAUCCUUUAAUUGAAAGUCGCUUAGUUCCAGCAGUUGUUAAGUGGCAACUUCCACUGUGUAAUCAGGAUUCAGAAAAAUCGAGACUUGAAGAAAAGCUUUUGUUAGCUGAAAUUCGGAAGUGUGCGUUAAACAGCGACGAUGAGGGCGAGAAGAAAUCCGAACUUCUAGAUAUUUCGAUGGCAUACGCGAAAGACGUUGUUCGAUUAUUCGCACUUGCAUGUAAGGCUGGUCGUCAGUGUCGUGCAGCAGAAUUCGCUACAUACACACAUUCUGGACAAAUUGUCCAGUCCAUGUGCAAUUUUGCUUCUAAAACUCGACAUCCUUUACUUGCAGAGAAGGUUGCUGAAAUCGGAAGAAUAAAUGCUGCUGAACGGCAGAAUGUAACACAAGAUGAACAUCAGCGAAAGAGAAGUAUUCUGUUAGAAGAUAAGAAAAAAAACGAUUUUUUGGCACCAAAACGAUCAAAAAAGGACCGCAUCUUGGACGAAGUUGCUGUCAAAGCAGUGCGGCAGGAAGGAGAACAAGAGGAAAAUGAAUAUACGCAUGACUUAGAUUCGACUCUGAGUAAUAAAUCAUCCUCAGUAUUCUUACUUCCUGUUCGACCAAGGCUACCUUCUAACCCCUUCAAACGCAAAUCGCAGAAUAUAUUUGGUUCAAGUCAAGAUAAUUUUUUCGAUUCAUUAGCUUCUGCGUCUACAGCUACGCGAAAGACGAGUGAUAAUACUAGCGAUUGGAAGAAAAUGAAAAGAGAGCCAUCAAAAGUUCGACAGACUUCACUACCUGUGAAACUCAUUGAAGAAAAAGAAAUGGAUGACGCGAAAACAGGAUUCGGAUUAUGGUUAAAAUCUGUAGAAAGUAAAUUGAAAGAAGAUUAUGAUGGAUACGAAGACUUCUUAGAAUAUGCUAUCAAACAGUUUCGGCAUUUAAAAACUGAAGAAAAGCGGCACUGGAACGACCUGGCUCAAGCUUCCUGAACCUGAAAUAUUUGUUGUCCAGUGGUGAUUGGUCUAGAUUUUUUCUACGGUUUCGUUGCUCUAUGUGGAAAUUCUUUCUAGUACAAAAUUGUUAUACGUAAUAGAUUAUCACAGUUUUAUUUUUAAACCAACUGAUUUAUUUAUUGGUUGAGGUCCA